ACCCGAAGCAGAGCCGGUCCAUUAACGGAAGGAAUUGAGAUGCGGGGAGCGCGGUGCGCAGUGCGGGCGGGGUCUGGCGCUGAUCUCAUCCUUAUCUUGUAAUGAAAGACCAAAAGCCACCAAUCAUAACUAAGGCUAUUGAUGCAUUGCAUCGACAUAAAGAUGAGUUCUUUAAGAAGUAUGGAGAGGAAGGCACUGAAGCAGAAAAGAAAGCUAUUUCUCUUCUUUCUAAAUUACGAAAUGAACUACAAACUGAUAAGCCAUUGCUGCCUUUGCAUGAUGACUGGGUUGAUACUGAUAUAUGGAACCAAUACCUGGAAGAUCAAGUUAGUCUUUCAGAUGAAAAUGACAAAAAAAUAAGCUGGUUUCAAUCUCCUUGGUUGUAUGUAGAGUGUUAUUUAUACCGUAGAAUUCAUGAAGCAUUAGUGCUAAGUUCACCAAUCAGUGACUUUGAUGUAUUUAAAGACUCAAAAGACCAGAAUUUUUUAGAAUCACAAGGUGCUAUUGAGGCUUUAUGUCUUUAUCUACAAGAGUCAAAAAGAACGAUUGAAGUCGUAGAUGAAAAUAUACAAAAAGAUGAAUUUUGUAAACUCUUGCAGAUUAUGUUAUGGGGAAAUAAGUGUGAUCUGGCAGUCGUACCUGGUCAGAGCAUCCCUCAAACAUCUAGUCCACUAACCAUUUUGGAAGGCCUAAAACCUUUCAUUUUAGUGAAUAAUAUGGACACCCUUUGGUCGCUACUUUUAAACAAAAGGAAAAUGAGUCAGGAAAAUUUUUCUGUUACUAGAGUGGAUUUUAUCCUGGAUAAUGCAGGGUUUGAACUUGUUACAGAUUUGGUAAUGGCAGACUUCCUGAUAGCCUCAAACUUGGCUACUGAGAUCCAUUUCCAUGGAAAAUGUAUUCCCUGGUUUGUUUCAGAUACUAAUAUAAAAGAUGUGAAUUGGUUGAUUACACAAUUAAAAGCUGCUGAGAACACGUACCUGUCCACGUGUGGGCUUAUCUGGGAGGACUAUCUUAAAAACAAGACAUGGGUUUACCAAGAUCAUAUGUUUUGGACUCUGCCUUUUGAAUAUUGUGCUAUGCCUCAUAUUGCUCCUGACUUGUAUGCUGAUCUACAAAAGUCGAAUUUAAUUCUUUUCAAAGGUGAUUUGAACUAUAGGAAAUUGUUAGGAGACAGAAAAUGGGGGCUUACAAUUCCAUUUCAUGAGGCUUUGAAUGGCUUCCAUCCUGCACCUCUCUGUAGCAUAAGAACAGUAAAAACUCAAGUUCAAGCUGGUCUGGCCCCUGGGCAAGGAGAACAAGUUGCAGAUUCUAAUCCUGAAUGGAUGACCAGUGGAAACUAUGGUAUAUUACAGUUUGAUGGAGGGCUUGAUUUGGCUUAGGCACUUUUUAAA